CGCUUCAACACGACCUUCUUCUUGUGCUGCCUGCGCGAGCCGCCGCAGGUCUCCCCCGACUUAGCUGAGGUGCUGAGCUCCAAGUGGGCAUCUCCAUCAGAGGCAACUGAAAGUUUCAUAUCAAAAGAAAUUUGGUUGGCACCUCCACAGUUCUAUGAAAUAAGGAGACUUGAACUCUUUGCCUCUCUCUCUGAAUUGCACAAAUUUUGUUUGGAUCGUGCACUAGAAGGGCUGGAAAGAUGGAUGCCAAUCAGUUUAUUAACUGCUGAUGGGAUGGUCCAGCUUUUGCCAGGAGAUGAGAUGUACUUAGAAGAUUCAGACCUUUUAGAAAAUCUUUUGUCUACUGAAAAAAAGAUUGAAGAAAUCAUGAAGGAAGGCAAGAAAUUUCACCGAAUAGUGAUACACGAUCGCCAUCUUUAUAAUAUCCAUGUGACUGUUCAGUCAAAAUAUAAACACGUUUAUCCUAAGAAUUAUGUGUUAAGUAAGAGUCACUUGUAGGAUGCCGCUUGUUUGUUUGUAAGCUGGCCUACUUGAACACUUAAUGAGUGAUGAGAGUUGACUAAACUUGCUUAAAACUUAAGGAACUCUGUGCCUGUAAAAGUUAUAACGCAGUGUUUCUUAUUUCUUUUUUUUUUUUUUUUCCUUUUUGUCUUUUUUACUGACCGGUAAUGGGAUCGUAACCCU